GACUAGCAAUAUGUUAUGACUAAUUUCUUAAAAAUUUAAUCCUUUCACUUUGAGAAACGUAUUCGAAUCAAAAUGUAGCUUGUUACCGACAUCACAAGGAUUAAUUUUUAAAUCUUGUUGUUACCACAGGUAGCGAGGGCGUAAAAUCGUCUUCGAUAAAAAUGAAAAGUCAAGCCUAGCCUUCAGGAUAUAUAUUCCUUAUUGUAUCUCUGCAAGAGUGUCUUGUGAUACAUUCACUAAUUUUUUACUCUAACUCAUAAUUAAUAAUGUUUUUUUUAAAUAUAUAGUCAAGCAAGUGAUGAUUGUUUGUUGUAAAUUUUAUAAUUGUUUUAGACAUAAAUCAUAGAGUAUGUUUUUAUAUAUUAAUUGACACAUAAAAAUCUACCAUGGACGGAGCAGAUGUUACAUUCCUUUUUCAAUUCGGUUUAUUACGUGAUACUGUUAGUAUAGAGGCAAGUGCCUUAACAUUAAAAACACUGAAAGAAUAUGCAUGUAAUUUUAUAAUUACUAAAUGCCCUGAUCAUGGGCUGAAUCAAUUAUUUGAAAGAUUGCUUUUAUUCAAGCAUGACUACAACUCAUCAAAUGUUUUACAACUUAUUAACAAUGCCGCAGAAAUAGUUGACGAAACAUUAAUUGAAAUUGUAUUAAAAGCCCAAGUACCAACCGAAGAGAUUAUUGUAAGACCCCAUACUUUAUCUGUACACUCAUAUAAAACACCUACUUUUUGCGAUUUUUGUGGUGAAAUGCUUUUUGGAUUAGUGAAACAAGGUCUCAAAUGUGAAGGAUGUGGCAUGAAUUAUCACAAAAGAUGUGUUGUAAAAAUUCCAAACAAUUGUAUACAAGAUUCAAAUAAACAAAGGCGUAGUUCAACAAUGCUAAAUGUGCCUAGAUCACCUAGUCAAGGUUCUACAAGUAGUUUUGGAGGUACUUGUGAUGAUAAUCAAAAUAUGGGAGCAUUUAAUCUCAGCCAAAAUAAUACUUCUUCCGUUACAACUUCUAAACAGUCCAAUUCAUCAUCUUUGGGAGAUAAAAUUCCCUGGACAGACCGAGAAACGAUAUCUCGAAUCAAAAUACCUCAUACGUUUGUUGUCCAUAGUUAUACCAGACCAACAAUAUGUGGGUAUUGUAAAAAACUUUUACGUGGGCUUUUUAAGCAAGGUCUACAGUGCAAAGAUUGUCACUAUAAUAUUCAUAAAAAAUGUAUAGACAAAAUUCCUAAAGAUUGUAUUGGUGAAAAUUCAAAGGACAAUUGUGGUGGAACAGAGUGUUCAGAUAGUGAUCCAGGAGAUCAUGAAGGAAAAUUUGAUGAAGGUAAAGAAGAUGGUGAUAUGGAUAGUGAUGUCGAGUCUUCCCCAAAUUCAUCUCAGCAUGAAUCAUAUCAACUGUUAAAUGAACACCAAGUUGGCGAAGUAUUAAAUCAACAACUGAAAAUUUCUGACGAACCAAUUCCAAACUCUUGUCAACCAAACUCAUCAGAAUCUCCUUUAAGCAAUAAUAUACCUCUCAUGAGAAUUGUACAAAGUGUGAAACAUACAAAAAAGCGCGGUGCAAAAAUCUUAAAAGAAGGUUGGAUGAUUCAUUACACCAGUCGUGAUUCAGCUCUACGUAGACAUUACUGGCGUCUUGAUUCAAAAGCAAUAACAUUAUUUCAAAGUGAUACAGGAUCGAAAUAUUAUAAAGAAAUUCCAUUAGUUGAAAUAUUAGGUAUUGAAACGUUCGAUUCAUCAGAGUCUUCCAAGAAAACAUAUUCCUUUAAAUUAAGGACUGCACUAGUUGACUAUUAUGUUGGAGAAGAUUCACUAUAUUUUGAUUUGGCUGGAUCAUUACCGACACUAGAUAGUGGGGUAGGAGUUUAUUCAGGAAAAUCAUGGGAAACCAGUAUUCGUAAUGCAUGGAUGCCUGUUACAAGUAAUUACGAUGAUGAUACACCAACGGAAUCUGAAAAUACUGUAUUGGAUAUGUCACAUAUCUAUCAGAUAUUUCCUGAUGAAGUUUUAGGAUCAGGUCAAUUUGGUAUUGUUUAUGGAGGUGUACAUCGUAAAACAGGACGGGCAGUUGCAAUAAAAGUAAUUGAUAAACUUCGUUUUCCAACAAAACAAGAAGCUCAAUUAAAAAAUGAAGUUGCAAUUUUGCAAAAUUUAUCUCAUAAUGGAGUAGUUAAUCUCGAAAGAAUGUUUGAAACGCCUGAGAGAAUAUUUGUUGUUAUGGAAAAAUUAAAUGGCGAUAUGCUAGAAAUGAUAUUAAAUUCAGAACGUGGGAGAUUAAGUGAAAGAGUUACUAAAUUUAUAAUAACACAAAUUUUAGUAGCACUUAAGCAUUUACAUAGCAAAAAUAUUGUUCAUUGUGAUUUAAAACCUGAAAAUGUCUUGUUAAGUAGUAGUAGUGAAUUUACUCAAGUAAAAUUAUGUGAUUUUGGAUUCGCUAGAAUCAUUGGAAAAAAAAGCUUCCGACGUAGCGUUGUUGGAACGCCAGCGUAUCUUGCACCUGAAGUAUUACGAAAUAAAGGAUAUAAUCGUUCUUUGGAUAUGUGGAGUGUUGGCGUUAUUAUAUAUGUUUCACUGAGUGGAACAUUUCCAUUCAAUGAAGAUGAAGAUAUUAAUGAACAAAUCCAAAAUGCUGGGUUUAUGUAUCCAUCUAAUCCAUGGGAUGAAAUAUCAGCUAACGCAAUCAAUUUAAUUAAUAAUUUAUUACAAGUAAAGCAAAGGAAACGAUUUACCGUAGAUAAAAGCUUGCAACAUAUUUGGCUUCAAGAUUAUCAAACAUGGUGUGAUCUGCGAGAACUCGAAAAUCGUAUCAAUUGUCGCUAUCUAACGCAUGAAAGUGAUGAUGUUCGUUGGAUGGCUUAUAGUAAUAAUCAACAAACAUGACAUUAUUUUUCUAUCGUGAAAAUCAAAUUUUUACAUAAUUAAACAACCAACAUUCAAUUUUAAAUUAUAUAUACAUUCAUAUCCAUAUUAUUAAAACAUCGCUCAUUCCCUUAAUGCGAAAAAAUGUAUAAAAAUAUAUUAAAUUAUGAAGUAAUUUACAUACAAAGAUUAUAAACAAUACUCCAAUCAUGUGAAAAAUUUUUUGAAAACUUUAACAGAAUAUAUUAUAGAGUAAAAUAUAUCAAAAUCUGUUGAACAAAUUUUUAUUAGGAUUUUAAUUUAUUAAUAUACGAUCAUGUUAUAUUUACCAUUUGAUAUAUUAUUAAAUUGUAAUAUUAAUCUCUUGUAU